AUGAACAGAACAACGUCUCCGGAUGAUGAAGCUAGCGAGCUGAUGCAGAAGAGACGUCGCAACCGGCUAGCACAACAGAAGUACAGGAAGAAACUCAAAUCGCACAUAGAAGACUUGGAAAAGCGGGCAGCGGAGGCGGACCGAACGGCAAAAGGCAGUAAUACUCAAGCUCGUACAAUAGUUGCUGGCGACAUGUCUUCGUUCCCUACCUUUUCCACGCAGCUAGGCGAACGAAGCGGGUUUGCAACAUUAUCUACAUCGGACAACAUAUCAAUUAGCCCUUCGCAAGCGUGCGAGUCCGUGGGAAUGGAUAUACAAGCACCAUCGUCGUCCUCUGGCCCAGCUGCCUCAUUUCUUUCACACCAGAGGAAACCCGCUCAACAUCACCAGACGGAUUUUCUGAAAGAUUUCUCCAUUUUCGAUGACACUCCCUGGGCCAGCCAUAAAAAUCUGUCGCUCCAAGAUAUCGAAAGCCUGGACAGGAGCCCAGAGUUACAUGCAGAUACCACUGAGACCACAGAUCCCGUGGGGUUAACAAGCAACAGUCAUGGACUCUUGGACUGUUCCAGCUCCUCCUUUCAACUCCCUACGACCAAUGAAUUUAACCCCUCCAAUGAACUUAAGUCUUCAAGGUUUCUAUCAACACCACCACAACAGCCGCGUACCGCACCAGAGCCGACGAGCCUGGAAGCCCGCGUCGAGUAUGUCUUACGCUGUUCGAAGACCGCCGGCUUUGACGACUUGGACUCGUUUGUGUCAUGCUACUACACGGGCUUGUUCAAGAAUAAUUCCUCGGCAAAGCUAGCCCAGACCGCAAGCCGCACUAAAGGUUUGCCCGCAUUUCUCGAGGAAUUACAUACUCAGGUCAACUCGUGGUCCUCAUGGGAGGCGAGCGGGUACCAGGACACCAUCGUUCGAUCCGCCGCGGACUUAAUCACAGCCGAGUUUGAUCGGCUCGCAAGGAGAAAGUACAGCUGCGAGUUAGAACUGUGGCAGAAUAUUGCCCAAACAACCACAAUAGACACAGCGGCUGCAGUGGAUGGUGGUGACUCUAGUAGUAGCAGCAGUGGUAGUGUUGCUGCGCUGCACCAGUUACGCUCAAUGGCAGCGGAGCUACAGAAGACGCUGCGCUAUGAGCUACCUAACUUGUAUACGCUCACGGCCAAAUUAUCACCUCAGGAUGUACCCACCAGAGUAACACUACUUCUUGCCACGAUACGCAUUAUGACAGCGCCAGGAAGUAGACCACUCCAUGAGGCCGCAAACUGGGUGUAUGUCCGAGCUAAACCUCCUAAUGCGUCGAGGGAUGGCUCUGUCGACGACCUCGAAAGUAGCCCAAUGGGAAGUAUAUGA